ACCCGCCGCCCAUCCCAACACCCGCCCACGCAGAAUGAAAAAAAGGCUGUACACCUUGCCCAACAAAUUUGCUCCACCCGCAUGGGCGCCGCCCGGGAACAUGGAAGGGCCAACAUGUGCUGCCCGAGGACAUAAAUACGCGGCCCUCCCCCGGCGCUUUGGCCAUCUCCUCCUCCAACCAGCCCGUUCCGUCUCGGCCUUCCUACUCUGCUCUGCCCUUGCCCUGUCCUUGCCCUAUUCUUGCCUGCCGUGCUCUGCUCGCCGCCAGUCCUGCUGUCCGACCAAGACCAUCCAUCGCAAGACUCUGUCUAUCCCAUCCCGUACACCCAACCAGCCAUCCCAACAGCCAACCAUCCCAACAGUCAAGCAAAACCAAAAACCAAAGCCGAAAACCAAGCACCUUGCUCCCGCAUCCAUGAACUACUACCCCAACCGCCCCGUCAGUGCACCCUCCCACUUUGCCCCCAUCUCGCCCAACACCUCGCCUCGCAUGGAGACUGCACCUUACCACCCGCAGCCUGGUAUGAUGUCCUAUCCUCACCAGGAGCCCUCCUACCCGCUCGUCAAGACCGAGCCGCCUCAACACCACCCGGCCAUGUUUCCGCCCCAGUAUCUCGACUCGGCCCCGUACUAUCAGGACAAGCGUCUGGCCAGCCCUCCCUACCGCAGCGGGCCCCCGCGGUACACCCCGCCCGGCGAACGCUCCGAAAAGGAGAUGCUGCGAAAGGUUUCCCACUCGGCCAUCGAGCGCCGUCGCCGCGAAAAGAUCAACCAGCGCAUCCUGCAGCUCAAGAGCAUGGUUCCUGCCUGCGCCAACCAGGACAGCAUCCACAAGCUCUCGAUCCUCGAGUACACCAUCGAGUACAUCUACUCGCUGCACCAGCAGAUCGACUCCCUCUCGGGCUCCUCUGCUGCUGCCUCGGCCAAAUCCUCGCCGCACGAUCCAUCGUCUCCCGCCCAGCAGCCCGUCACCGCCGUUCUGCCUGCAGCCCAGGCCGCCCUGUCGCAGCCGAGCCCGCCAGUCUCGAGCACGCGCGGUCGCAGCCUGAGCGUGCAGAACCUGCUCAUAUAGGCCACCUCCGCCAUCGCACACACCCCCCCUCUUAUCUAUUGUUUCUCUGCUCUAUAGACAGAUGCCCUCGCCUCCUUUAUUUGAUUCCCAACGUCCGUUUUGCCCUCGGCCGGGUUCCAUUUUUGCCCUUUCCUUCACUGUACAUACUUUUUAUUCUCUACCACCCUCGAAUUGUUUCUCUGUUCUCGAGUGCGAUCUGCUGGUGUGUCUGGUUGGCAGGACCAAUCCAAUCCAUCGAAUACAACAAAUGCUUCAGUCCAUA